AGUCAGACGUAGGGUGUCAUAGUACACACUACAAUCACGCAGUGGUGUUCUGUCGUGUUAAUAAACGCGCAGCAGAAGCGAGCCUAAUCGAGGCACGGAAGCGGCCGAGUGCGGGGGACGCGACGCGCGUCUCCGAGAUCGCGAUCGUGCGUUUAAUCGCCACGGCGUCGGCGGUGCUUUUGUCCGCGGCUCGGCACGACGGUAUGAAAUAACGACGGACCGGAAAGAACCAUCGAGGCGGCAGGCAGCGGCGACGUCCUGAUUCGAAGCGUCCGUGCUCAGUCCUCAGUGUAGGCUAGUCGGUCGCUCGGCGGUCGUUGUCUUAACGUCGAUUCAUCUACGACGAGAUUCCCGUUCAGCCAGCAGAUGAGCGGUGUGGAACCAACAGUAGUUAGAACAAUUCUGAAGACGACGAGGGUUUGAAGAAGAGAGAGAGAGAGAGAAAAAAAAAAACAAAAACACGACUCUGACGAAUGCUCUUCCACUUGUCAUCGCGGACCUGUAGGCUUUAUAAUUUGAUGCGUCAUCGACGCGACGAUAACAUCGUCUUCCUCGAGGCGAAAGGUGUUCCUUCGGUGAACGAGGAGGUUAUCUCCUGGUAACCACUUGGAGAGAUCGUCCUUCGGUUCAUCGUCUGUCUGACGUCGUCCACGUGCGCGCUUUCAUCACGAGAAGCUAUUUCCGUCCGGGCUAGGCGUUGACAUCCGACGUUUAUUAUUAUUAUUGACGUUAUUCUGGCACGAGCUCUUCCAAGGAACGUCGAGCAUUUUGACAGAAUACGACAACAAAUAUGGCCGCCAUGGCGUCGUACGCGUUGUGCACUCACAACUGUACGGACGCGGAAUAUCCGUCGAUCCUUGGUGGCAUCGACGAAUGGUUGCCUUGGCACGAGAUCGUGGGAUAUUUCUCGUACAAUCCGUGGAUAUUCUCCCUGCUGGGCAGCACCAUGGUCGGCCUCACGGGUAUCUUCCCCCUAUGGCUCAUCCCUAUCCAGGACGGUGUGGAUUUGAAAACUGGCGAAAACGGUGGCACUUUGAAGAUUCUUUUGAGUUUUGCUGUAGGCGCAUUAUUGGGCGAUGUCUUUCUACAUCUUUUACCGGAAGCAUUUGAAAAUGAAUUUCAAAUAAGAGCUAAAGAUAAUCACGCAUCUACACCUGCUGGCUUGUGGGUAUUGUCCGCCUUUUUGUUCUUCGUAAUCGUUGAAAAACUUAUCGCUACUGUAAACGAGGAAGCCCCAAUCAUAGUAGAGCAACAGACUGAUGAAAUUCUGAUCGAGGAUACAAAUAAAGAAAAAGAAAUGGAUAAUAAUAAUUGUAUCACGAUGACGAGCACUGAGAAAAAUGGUUUAUUAAAAAAAUGUUUGAAAAAUACAACCCAGGUACAAUUUCUGGAGAAACAAUCUAAUAAGGUGGAGUUUGUUCAAAUGCUGAACGGUAUCAAAGAUCUACGAAAGAAUGGUUUUAAAGAUGCUGACUUUAUGAAAUCUGCAUUAGCAAGCGAAUGUCCUAAUGACGGCCCGCUGGUUGACGAGGCGAAAAACUGCUUGAAGAAACUCGCGAAGACUAACGGCUUCACAUCAGCGAUUUCACAUGUUGACUCUCCAUGCGUACGCUCACCAAGCAAUAUUGUUAAUUGUUUAACCGCAUGGACAAAAAAAUUCACCUUUGACUUUCGCAAAUUUUUCGAUCCCAAAGCCUUUCCCGGAUACCUAAAUCUUUUGAUGAACUUCCUUGACAAUUUUACUCACGGUUUAUCUGUGGGUGGAUCGUUCCUAAUUUCCUUCCGUGUAGGUGUCCUCAGUACGUUCACUAUUUUGGUGCAUGAAAUACCUCAUGAGGUUGGCGAUUUCGCUAUUUUAUUACGAAGUGGAUUUAGCAAAUGGAAUGCUGCGCGGGCGCAGUUAAUCACAGCUAGCGGUGGAAUCGUUGGUGCUUUGGCAGCCGUCUCCUUUUCUAGUAGUUUAGAGGAAAGAACCAAUUGGAUAUUACCAUUGACCGCAGGAGGAUUUAUACAUAUUGGUUUAGUGACCAUCCUGCCCGAUUUGUUAAAAGAAACGAAUACAAAAGAGUCUUUGAAACAAUUUGGCGCUUUACUUUUGGGAGUUGUUAUCAUGGCUGCAUUGAUCUAUAUUUAGAUCAAAUAUAUUUCAUUAAAGAAUUAUAGUGAAUUCAAUUGCCGCAGUACAUA